AUGAUGCAGUGGCAAGUCAACAGGCGGUUCAGGAAGGACCGUGAGGCUGCUAUUGCCAGAAUCCCAAACCCAGAUGUUGUGGUCCAGCAGCUAGAUCUCCCUUUUGCACCUCCACCAAGACUGGCAUCAGGGGAGGAGCCCUUCCCAUCCAAGAACAUGAGGCUCCAGUUCGUCCAGAAGGCCCUGCACCAGUUCAGGCCCCCAGAACCAGCCAAAAGUUCCACCUAUUCCACGACCAGCGGUCCCAUGCUAUCAGCCCUUGGCACUUCUGCCUGA